AUGAAGCGCACAGUGGUCACUACCCCGGUUUCUGUACCAACAGCCAGCUCAUCCUUUACCGGUAACGGUGGAACGACCUGCACCGUAACUGAGUACGCUGCAAUCUCGUCCGCUGUCGCGUCUUGCUCCAACAUUCUCUUGUCCGACAUCUAUGCACCCCCUUCCAGCACAAUCGACCUCCAAGGCCUGCAGACUGGCGCUGCUGUAAUCUUUGCUGGCAAGACUACAUUCGGAGACACCGCUGAUAGUGACUUUGAUCCUAUCGUUGUCUCUGGGACCAGCGUUACCAUUACUGGUGUUGAGGGACACGUCAUUGACGGCAAUGGCGCGGCAUAUUGGGAUGGCCAGGGUUCCAAUGGUGGUUCGGACAAGCCCGACCACUUUUUCGUAGUGAAGGACAUGUACAACUCCCGCAUCGAGAACCUCUACAUCCAAAACUGGCCCGUCCACUGCUUCGAGAUUGAAAGCACCGAGCACCUUACUGUCUCCGGCCUGACCCUCAACAAUUCCGCCGGCGAUGCCGCCAACAGCAAGAGCGAUGGUGACCCUGCGGCACACAAUUCCGACGGCUUCGAUAUCAAGGAAAGCAGCUACUUCACCUUGGAGAACACCUGGGUGCACAACCAGGAUGACUGUGUCGCGGUGACUAGCGGAACAGAUAUCGUCGUCGACGGAAUGUACUGCUACGGUGGUCAUGGUCUUAGCAUCGGCUCUAUUGGCGGCAAGAGCGACAACACGGUUAACGGAGUCACCUUCUCCAAUUCGCAAGUGAUCAGCAGCCAGAACGGUUGUAGAAUCAAGACUAACUCGGGUGAGACCGGCGAGGUCUACAACAUUCGCUACGAGAACAUCACCUUGUCCGACAUUAGCGACUACGGUAUCGAUGUGCAGCAAGACUACUUGAAUGGCGGUCCUACCGGUGAACCUACGAACGGAGUCACCAUUGCCAAUGUCACUUUCGUAGAUGUUACAGGAACGAUGAGUGACGGUAAGGAUUAUUACAUUCUCUGUGGAGAUGACAGCUGCUCCAACUUUGUGUUUGAUGGAGUGAGCAUCACUGGCGGUAGCGGCGAUAGCUGCAACUACCCCUCGACCGGUUGCCCUUAG